UAACUUUUGUGCAGCCCUGGGGCGCGCAACAGCUGUUCACUUAUUUUGUUUUGGCGGGAAUCUCUUGUUUUGGAAUUUUUGCGAAAUAAUUUUGCGAUUUGUGCCAAAGAAUGAAUCAGUAUCCCGAUGAAGACGAGGAGUUUGAGCUGCAGUACCAGGAUGAGUUGGAGUUGCUGGAGGAUGUGCCGCACGAGUACGAUGCGUACGACGGGCCGAGCACGUCCCGGCAAGCGGCGGCCAAGCAAACGAAAGCAGUCAAAGAUGCUUCGCGCUUUGAAAACUCCACCCUCGGCUCCCCGCAGCUGUCGCAGAUUACCUUUGGGUCGACUCAAAUAGAGAACGAUGAUGGAGGCGGCGGUGCGGGCGGUGGUCCAGUGAAUAGGCGACUCUUUGGCACGCCGAAAGGGCCGCCGGUGGGACGCGGCUGCUCCACGCCAUUUCAACGCAUGCCGGCCAUACAGGAAAUGGAUGCCACUCUACCCACCAGCAACGGAUUCAAAGAAACGGAGGCAGUGCCUCUGCUCAAUGCGGCCGCCCAGCAGUUGCAGGAGCUGGGCACGCGUGGCGUGAACAAGCGGCGUCUGGAGCGGGAUCUCUUUGGCGACAUUGAUGAUCUCUUCCAUGAGACCUACGAAGAUCCGCUGGUGAAAAAGGCACGUACCGAGGAGCAGCGUGACAACGAGGCCAUUCAGCGGAUCGUGGAGCUGCGCCGCAAGAAGCAGGAGUCGACCAAGACCAUCCGCAAGGAUGAUGUCAGUCGUCUGAAGGCCUUGCUCGAUUUCCAAAGAAAGAAUCUUUCGUACGAGAUACCCAACUGGCCGUUUCUGCCCAUACAGCGCAGCGAUCUAGAGCGCAUCUACGUGCGUUUCCACUCGGAAGAGUACGAGAAGCGGCAGCUGGACCUGAUCAGCGCUCGGGGCGCAGUUGUGGGCAGUCUGCUGGGCGAGGCCAAAGAAAAAGUCUGGCAGGAGGCCAACGAGCUGGUACUUCGUCGCCUGGCUCCUGACACACAGCCAGCGAUAGCUGCUCCUUCGACUGCAGUCACUGCGGAAACGGGACGCCUCUGGGUGGACAAGUACAAGCCAAGGAAAUACAUUGACUUGCUCUCGGAUGAAAUGACCAAUAGGAGUCUGCUCUACUGGCUGAAGAUGUGGGACAAGGUUGUCUUUGGCAAACCCUUUCACAGCAAACAGGAACAGGAGGCAGUCACAGGCGGAGGCGGAGGACCAGCAGGUGGUGGUGGUGGAGGCGGGGCCAAUACCCAGCUAAAUAGCUUCAACAAGCGCACGGGAAAAUUCGAGUCCAAUGGCGGCUGGCGGCAGCGCAAGGCUCGUCAGGCGCUCAACACGAAUGUGGAUGCCAUGGGGCGACCCAUGCAAAAGGUGGCCUUGCUCUGUGGUCCCCCCGGUCUGGGCAAGACCACGCUGGCCCACACCAUUGCCCGGCAUGCCGGUUACAAUGUGCGGGAGAUCAACGCCUCCGACGAUCGCAGUCCAGAGGCUUUCAAACUGGCCCUGGAGAACGGCACACAAAUGUCCUCAGUUCUCAAUGCAGACAAGCGACCCAAUUGCAUAGUUCUGGAUGAAAUCGAUGGUGCUCCGCGUCAAUCGAUUGAAUAUCUGGUCAAAUUCGUCAACGAUGAUGUCCACAGCAAGGCGAAAGCCAAGGGGGCCAAAUCGGAGCACAAUGUCCUGCGACGACCCAUUAUCUGCAUAUGCAAUGAUAUUUACGAUCCAGCCCUGCGGCCACUCCGCCAGAUAGCCUUUGUGGUCACCUUCCCGCCCAUAGAUGCAGCCCGUCUCGCCGAGCGGUUGGGCAAGAUUGCCCAGAAAGAGCAGCUAAAAACCAACUUCGGAUCACUGAUUACGCUCGCUGAAAAGUCGGGCAAUGAUGUCCGUAGCUGCAUCUCCUCCAUGCAGUUCUUCAAUGCCCAAAAGCAGAGUCUGACGCUACAGGAUGUGCUGAACAACAACCUGGGACAGAAGGAUCGGCAUCAGAGUCUGUUCACUGUGUGGGACUCCAUUUUCAGAAUACAACGUCCCAAGAAACAACUGCAGACGGACACUAAUGGCACUGGCGAUGAGCCCGCUUUGGUUACAAUGACCAACAUGUCCGUGGCCACGCGAGUGCGCAAUGUUAUGGAUGUGGUCCAUUCCAGUGGGGAUUACGAAAGACUCACUCAAGGCGUGUACGAGAACUAUCUGCAGCAAAAGAUGCCCGAUCCAAAUUUUACGGGCGUUUGUGAGGCCUUGAAUUGGUUCUGCUUUACGGACAUACUGCAGCAGCAGAUCGGCAGGCAGCAGAACUACAGUAUCUAUCCAUAUUUGCCGUACGGCUUUGUCGUCUGGCAUUUACUCUUUGCCACACUGGCCUGGCCGAAAAUUUCAUUUCCCACGCGUGGCUUUGAGUUCACACAGAAGAGCACUACACAGCGCAACAUCUUUCAGGCCUUGCGCAAAGGUGUCACCCCCUCCGCUGUGGGUGUGGGUCAUGGCAGGAUUCUGCUGCUGGAUACUGUGCCCAUGCUGAAGAGGAUUUUGUCGCCGCAAUUGCGCUCGGUAACGGUGAAGCUGCUGUCCCCCAAGGAACUGCAAGACUUGAAUCACACCAUUGAGGUGAUGCUGGAUCUCGGCGUGACAUUUGUUCAGGUCAAGUCCCUGGAAGGACAUUAUGUGUUUCAACCAGAGCCCGAUCUCGAUGUACUCAUCGCAUUUCCAGGAUUUCCUGGCCUCACUGUAUCCUACUUCGGUCGCCAGCUACUAGCCCGCGAAGUGGCCCUGGCACGCAUCCGUCGAGCGGCCCCCAAAGAAGGAGAGCCAUCGGCGGUAGCAGCAGCGUCUGCCGCAAAGAAGCAGGCAGCUAAGACCGCAGCCACAUCGCAUCUGCCCAAUCAUUUGCAAACAUUGAAACCGAAACCAAUUUCCGCUUCGAAUGUGCGCAGCAGUGCCCCCAAACAGCAGCUCACUAAAGACUUUUUCGGUCGCGUUACCCACAAAACAUCCACAGCUAAACAAAUAGAUGAAGCCAAAACCGAUGCCAUUGUGAAGAGCCCAAUUUGGUAUCGCUAUAAGGAGGGCUUCAACAACGCUGUACGCAAAGACGUUCAUCUGCAUGAGCUGCUUUAGAAGAUCCCUCUUGGAAUUUACAAAUCCCUGCCUUAAACUAAUUUAUUAAAACUUUAUAAAUACUGAAAAUGAAAGCCCUUGUCACGGAAGGAAUGGCUGAAGACAGUACAACAGAUUUAUGAGAAAUCUAAAUAUAGUUAAGAACGAUAGAUAGCCACGAUACUUUUAAAAAUUCAA